GGGCAGUUAAAGCAGUCUCGGACUGGGUUAUUUCUGCAGUGUGUUUUGGACCCGUGUUUUGCUCCUCUGCGGCAAUGGACUGUGUCUUAAGGUUGUUCCCUGCUCUUUUUAAACAUACAAAUACAUCUUGUGUGCCAAAGGAUCAAGACCAUGCGCCACUUGUCUGGUGUGCAAGUGUUCAUUCCAGAACAUGGCUAUGAUUCCUCCAUUGAAUGCUCUUUUCUUCUCAGUUGAAACUCUUUUAAUGUGUGUGUCUCUCCCUUCGGUCUCCCCCAAAAAGAAUGCAAAAGCUGUAUCACAACUCAGGACGACAACUGCUGGGAACAACUGUCCUCUUCCUUGGCAUGGCACCUGUUUUAUUGUGUUGUUGUGGCACCAGAGCUCUUGGACAGAGAAGGCUGGAUGUCUCACAGAAUGACAGUUCCCAGAAUUCCCUUGCAUCGUGUCUUCUGUGCAUUUGGAUACCAUUAAAGCUAUCCCCACUUUGUGGAUUUGGGGUGUUACUGUUCUUUGCUAUGCGUGCGACACGGCUACCCCUCAAUAUGCGUGAAAGAAGUGGUAGCGUAAGCUUUCCAAGACUAGGUCUCCUUCUUCAGAUGUGUAGCACUUGUGGGAAAGGGGAUGCUGGUCUAGGUAGGCUUUUGGUAUCCGGAUUUUGGCAUUCCAGAAAAGGGAGACUCAGUGUGUAGAAUGUAUUUAUUAAUACAUUUUGGAUCCAUUUAUGUAAUGCCUGACAGCCAAAAACCUGGGAGGCAGCCCUGUAAUAACGUCACUUACAGUAGAUCCUGUGGCUUUGUAAUAAUAGUUGACGGUCAAAGGGAGAUGUAAUUUGGUUUUAAUGAAAGGAGAAGCCGGGGAGAGGAGGAAAGGAAGCGAGUUCGGGAACCAAAACAUCCCUGCUGUUACAUAAUGGAGGAAGAAACCCACCCACAUGACGGUGAAUUGUUGGUUCUGCAACCAGGACACGCUGGUGCCCUAUGGAAACCGCAACUGUUGGGAUUGUCCAAACUGCGAGCAGUACAACGGCUUCCAAGAGAAUGGAGAUUAUAACAAGCCCAUCCCAGCUCAGUACAUGGAGCAUCUAAACCACGUUGUCUCUGGUGCUGGAGCCUUCUACGAUCCCACCAAGCCCCAGCAGUGGGUGAGCAGCCAGGUUCUUCUCUGUAGGAAAUGCAACAACCAUCAGACCCUGAAGAUUAAGCAGUUGGCAUCCUUCACACCCAGGGAAGAGGGCAAAUAUGACGAGGAAAUUGAGGUCUACAAGCACCACCUGGAGCAGACCUACAAGCUGUGCCGCCCUUGUCAGGCAGCAGUGGAAUAUUACAUCAAACACCAGAACCGCCAACUCCGGGCUCUCCUUCUCCGGCAUCAUUUUAGCCACCGGAAGACUGACAAAACCUACAUGCAGAGUUUUUAUGCCGCAGCUUCCUCCUCGACCACAACGCCGGUUCAGGUGAUUGCUCUCCGCUUCCUGGCCUUCCUCAGCUGCGCUAUCCUUGUCACCAUGGCAUUGUAUGGAUCGGGCAACCCAUUCUCCCCUGCACCAGUGACCACUCCUGCUUCGCCGAGCCCAGGGUUGGCGAAGAAUGGGACUGGGCCGAACAUGACAGCCAUACCCUCUGGCAAUGGCACUUUGCUGGAAUUCCUCAGCUGGCAAGAAGUGAUCCGGUUGUUGCCAGACGGAGUGGUGGAGAUGCUGAACGCUGCUUGGUCCUACGGGAAGAGCCAUCAGAUAGCGGUGGUGGUCUUGGGUCUCCUGACAUGCAUCUUAGCCAUGCUGCUGGCAGGACGGAUCAGGCUCCGUCGGAUCGACGCCUUUGCCUCCGUCCUCUGGCUCCUGGUGAUGGGCUUCCACCUGGCGGAGAACUACCUGCAAACAGACCCCCCCAGCUGGCUGGACACCGCCAAGUUCGGAACCACCUCCCUCUGCUGCCUGGUGGGCUUCGCGGCAGCUGUGGCCACCCGGAAACCGAUGGGCCAGCGGAAACCCCGGCCACGAAGAUACCUCUCCGGAGACUCGGUCCCCAUCUCCCACAACAGCGGGGCAGAGAUCAGCUUCUCCUAUCUUCCCGCCGCUUCAUCCGUUUUCGUCCCAACCCCUCCCAGUUUGCUCCCAUUUACCCACCAGCAGCACUUCCGUUCCCCGCGACGGACGUCUUCAUGUUCUCUUCCCGGACGACUCAACCGGGCCCUAUCAUUGGGCACCAUUCCUUCGUUGGCACGGACGGAUUCGGGGUAUUUGUUCAGCGGCAGUCGCCCACCUUCUCAGAUGUCUUUCUCCAAGGAGUCGUCCGCAUCAGACUAUUUCUCCCUUUUCUCUGGAAGCUGCGUCUCCUCCCUGGUGCCAUCCUCAGCCGCAUCUGUGGCCGGUUCGGUGGCCUCGAGUUCGGGAUCCCUGCGCUACCGCCGGCCGCUCAUCAGCCCGGCGCGGCUCAACCUGAAGGGCCAGCGACUGAUGCUCUUCUCGGCCCAGAGUGAGGGCCACCACAGCGAAGACCUGGCCCCGUCGGAAAACAACGUCUUUGCCUCGGAGCUGCCCGCUUUCCCCAAAAGGAACCUCAGUGAGAGGGGAUUGCAUGAUAUGAGAGCUGCGGCUGAGGCAAACAGCAUCUGCAGCGAUGAAUCCAUUAAGAAAGGGGACAACUCAUCACACUCCUCAAGUUGCGUGGUGGACACCACAACGAAAGGGGAGGAUCUCGCCGGAUGGAGGGGUCACUUUGGCCGCUGGUCACUCCGAGGGCUCCUCACCGUGAGCCUGACCAUCAACGCCAUCUUCACCUCGGCCUACCUCUACCAAAAUUUCCGGUGAGCCACAAUUGGGCAGCGGCGGAGCCUGCAACCUUCUUCUUCCUUACCCUUGGUGCCACGUUUCUUUCGAGGGAGAGAGAAAAAGACUGUCUGGGGCAGGCAGGAGUCCACCGACCACGCUUCUGUGCUGUUGGCGCCAAAGUCCUGCACUGCUUUUUGGCAGCCAUUUUCUCCCCACCGGGCACUGGCUGUCCAUGGGCAACACCAACCUCUCGCUGCUGCCCUUUGCCCACCACCUCAGGAGAAAAUGACAAAUAUGAAAAGGAACUGGGAUGAAGAAAGAGGUGAUGGAGCCAACAUGGGACUGCCAGGCAUCUCCAGUUACGGCACACCUUUCUUUGUACAGAACCAUUUGGCUGGGAGGGACUCAAAGGAGCCGCUUUUCCGGGGGACAUUUGAUGGACCCAAAACGAGGGACUCUUUCCCACCUUGCUGUGCCACUUUGCCACCCUUGAGGGCAUCACCCCACUUUGAAUUCUUAUUUUUUGGAAAGAACUUGGACCCUAAGGGGUCUGUGUUUCAUUCCACUCUUAGUUUUCUUAACUCCAUCCGCAUCUAGUCAGUUUCCGGUGCUGAAGUUUGUUCGUUUUAAAUCCAAAAUUUAUUUGCCAAGGGAUUUUUUUCUUUACUCAGUCGUGUUGGGAUUUUAAAAAGAGAACCCAACAUUGCAGCCCAGUUCUGCCUUACAAAGGGCCACCGCUACUACUGUAAUUAUGCACCAUGGCUCCCAACAGCCGGCAUUUUUUGGCUGAGCCUGGGUAGCUUUCUGAAAUAGGUUCUCUCCAUGCGCUGCUGUACUGGAAAUGCUGCAACUGGUGGAAGGGAUGCGGCAUCAUCUGUUGCUUCGGUGGGCAAAAAUGAAAUCUCCCUUCUUUCCAUCUGUCUCAGGCUGCCCCAACCCAAGUUAAUUCUGCUAUUAAGCAGCGGAAUAACUGGUGCUAAACAGGGAACUUGGCUCCCCUGUCCUCUCCCAGAACAUAAAUUCAGAUUAUUCUGCCAUCAGGUUGUUAGAAACCUUGCCAGACCUGGAUUACCAUUCCAGGUGAUACUAGACCCCUGUUUAGACUUCACCUGGUGCUAAGCAUUUUUCUCAUAUUACACUCAUAAAAGGGGAAUAAAUGAAAUGUCUCCCCUCCUAGACAACAUGGUGCUGAAAUUCAGAAUGUUCCAUUUUUUGGUCAACCCCACAAUAUAACUGCUAUCCUAUAUCCCCAAUGUAUAAGUCCCUUGCUUUCUUUUCCGAUCACAACCGAUUCUUCCCUUCCUGCGCAAACUGACAUUCUCCUCCAGUUUUGUCUUUUCCCACAAUGAACUCCACUCACUUUAUGCAAAAUCAAGCAUUUUGGCAAUGGAGAUCAUUGCUUUUCACCCCGUGUAAAGCAAAACCCGGAUUAGGGCAUCAUUUUAGAAGAGUCAAAAAUUAUUAUUUGCAUCUUGUGUGGUGUCUAAAUCCCGUUUCUGGACACACCUGAACAAACAGGUCUAGUAGGUUUUUGUAAGCCAUACCUAGGCCUGUUGUAGUGUGUUCAACACAAGUGGCUUUCUCUCUUCCGAACUGCCUUUGACUUUUGGCAGGAGUGAGCAAAACAACCACAACUUUUGGUGCCCUCUAGCUUACAAAAUAAAAGAAGUGUGCUUUUCGAUAACGGUGCUAGUGCACACACUCGGUUGUGCAAAUGGUUUCCCUUAAAUCAGAAACGUGAAACUGGGUGGAUCGAAAGUGGUGAGCUUGCAUGUCUUCUUUCCGCCUUAAUGCUGUUUUUGAUGCACCGCUCAUAUCUUGUCCUUGUUGGGUUGUGGUUGCUGUUGUUAAAACCCAACGCGAGGAAGAAUUCGGUGAUGAAGCCAAUUUUGCUUUUUCUCGGCGUUUAAACAACUGCCGAUUCUAAAGCGGAAUCGAUCUCUGUUUAAGAUGGUCACGCUUUUGGUAGGGAAAAAAUAAUCUUGCAUCCCACUCAGCCUCACAAUUUCUUGAGAAGGUGUGCACUACAUAUUGACAAUUUGGACACUUAAAAAUGGGACUUUCUCCCUCAUGCCAGCAGGAUAUAUCUUGUCCUGCAAAUGGCUAUAGUUUGCCUCUGAGAACUUGCACCUUGGUGAAUGUACAAGCAACUGCCUUCGGGAAUUACUCUUUUAUCAAACACAAUACACUGUGUCCUGUGAGGCUUGAAUUUUUGGGUGGGUGGGCGGGCAAAAUCACCUUCAUUUUUGGGGUCGUGGAGAGGGAAAUAAUCUUCUUUUUCCCUCUCUGCAGGGAAGGUUGUACAUUUCAUACAUUACGACUGUGGACUUCUUAAGGGUAGGAGAACCCAACCCUAUACAGUUGACAAUUCUUGUGUUUUGGGGAGGUGGGGAAUUAUUAUUAUCCUUUUUCGUUUACUCUCCUCUCUAUGUUCUCCAAAAGGUUUAUGUUCUGUGUUCUGAGAGAUUAUUUUUCAUUAUAAAAAAAUCAGAAUAAAUGUGUAGUUGGAAACCUCAA